UUCAUUACCCGGUUGAGCACAGAGAAAAGCUGCCGUCGGCGCCGGUCAAGGUGUGCAUCUGUUCCAGGUUUGUACUCCCCGAUCGAUGAAUUUCGUCUCAGUUCUCGGUAGAUCUGUCAUCGAAGACACUCCCUCGAGGCAGUCAUCCGAGUGACAGCAACAGACUUCUACUAACCUCAUCCGGUUUCUGGAAAACCAAUUCGGGCUCCGGUGAAGUUCCAAGGGUGUCAAUAUUACAUGCCCCGACUAAGGAGGCGUGCUUUGAAGGGGUUGCAAAAAGACCCUUCACGCAGUACUUCUACUGCCGAAUCAGCUUGUGGAGAAAAUGAUUUGCAGCUGUGUAUUACUAAUUACUGCAGGGAUAAUCUCACACCUUUCCAUGGCAUGAACUUGGCGGACCACUCCGACGAUGAGUUGAUUUUCUUAGCAUUUUUGCUAUUAGGAUUAGCUCUGUUUGACCCACUGCUGCACAUUCCAAGACGAAGGUAUCGCGAUAGCGCAUUAUCUAGGCAACAAUGGGUAAUCGAGCUUAUAAACGGGCAUCGGGACAGGAUCUUCGAGAACUUGCGCAUGGAUGUUCCCCUGUUCUUGCACCUGUGUAAUUUGUUGGUCGAACAGAAUUAUUGGCAGCAGCACCCCACACUGAGGGUGGGAAUUCACGAGUCAAAGGCUAUUGCACUGGUAUGCCUUAGCCACAAUGAAUGCCAUCGGCUUCUAUCUGAACACUUUAAACAUUCCCCGGAGACAGUUGAUCAACUUGUGAGGCGUUGCCUUAGAGCAUUGGUGCGGCUAGGACGAGAUAUAAUCAGACCAAGGAAUUACAAUGAAACUCAUCCACGGAUUCUGAACAGCGAGAUGUUUUAUCCCUGGUUCAAGGAUUGUGUUGGGGCAAUAGGCGGAACUCACAUCUCAGCCUGGUUCACUGCUGAGAACCGGACCAUUACCCGGAAGAGGAGGAGAGACUUAUCUCAGCAUGUGUUAGCUGCCUGUGAUCAUGAUAUGAGAUUUGUCUAUGUCCAAUGUGAUUGGGAAGGCAGUGCACAAGAUGCACGGGUGCUACAAGAGGCUUUGGUUGCUCCAGAGUCUAACUUUCCCAUGCCACCAGUGGAUAAAUAUUUCCUAGUUGACGCCACAUAUACCAAUAUGCCUGGGUUUAUAGCACCAUUUAGGCCUGCCCGGGGGACAGUACAAGCGCGUGCAACUAAAUCCCUUUUCAAUCGCCGCCAAGCAUCACUUAGAAGCGUGAUUGAACGCUCUUUCGAUGUCCUGAAAAUGCGAUUUCCAAUACUCAAAGGUCCAAUGCAGAAUUAUCUCAUUGCCACUCAAAACAACAUUGUCUUUGCUUGUUGUGCUCUCCACAACUUCAUGAGGGAGAAAGUGUCGAAUGACGACUAUUUUGCCGCUGGGGCUGCUGCCGGAGCAAUCGAAAUCGAAGAUGCUUAUGAAGAUGGUUACCAAGUCCCAGGGUUACAGCAAAUUAAUAUGUCGCAACAAAACAUGGCUGAGUGGAAUGAGGUGCGUCGGGCAAUGGCCGACCAUAUGUACCUUCAUCGACAUUACUAAUUAGGUCUUCUAUUGUGUAGUGGCUUGUGGACAGGACAUCAAAAUUUCCACGGCAGA